UGUGCCUAGGAAUCGAAUCGCUCCCGCGACUGCUGCGCCCCGUGGACCCGGAUCGCAGAACGGAGGCCGCUGCCGCCUGCAAGUUGACCAUGAGCAGGAGCAGCAACAGCAGCAGCAACAGCAGUAGCAGCAGCAGUAGCAGCAGGAGCAGCAGCAGCAGGAGCAGCAGCAGGAGCAGCAACAGUAGCAGCAGCAGGAACAGCAGCAGGAGCAGUAGCAGCAGUAGGAGCAGCAGCAGCAGCAGGACCUCGCCUCUCGUGGGGCCACCAGCGGGCAAUUAAACGGCGGUUCUGGACUGAUUCGCCUCCGAGAUGGUGUUCGAGUCGCUGGUGGUGGACCUCCUGAACCGCUUCCUCGCCGACUACGUCGUGAACCUCGACAGCUCUCAACUCAGCCUGGGCGUCUGGGGAGGUGAUGCUGUCUUGGAGAACUUGGUGCUCAAAGAAAAUGCUUUGAGUGAGCUGGACGUCCCGUUCAAAGUCAAGGUUGGGCACAUCGGGAAGCUGACCCUGAAGAUACCAUGGAAGAACCUGUACAAGGAGGCGGUGAUUGCCAGCCUGGAGGGCGUCUACCUGCUCGUGGUGCCCAGUGCCAGCAUCAAGUACGAUGCGGAGAAAGAGGAGAAGCAGCAGUUGGAGCUGAAGCAGAGGGAGCUCCGGCGCAUCGAGGAGGCCAUGAUGAAGGCAGCCGAGCGCGAAAACCCGACCACGGUGCAGGCCGACUCGUUCACGGAGAAGCUGGUGGCGCAGGUGAUCAAAAACCUGCAGGUGACCGUCUCCGGCAUCCACGUGCGCUACGAGGACGAGAUUAACAACGCAGCAAAGCCGAUUUCAGUUGGAAUCACACUCCGCGAGCUCAGCUUCAAGACAUCAGACCAGAACUGGAAGCCAUGCUUAUUGGAUGACAAGGCCAAGAUUUUCUACAAGCUUGUCUGCCUGGACUGCCUGUCCGCCUACUGGAAUGUGGACUGCACGAUGUACUCGAGGGACAGCGCGGAGAGGGCACUGGGGCAGCUGAAAGACACCGUUGCAUCUUCCAAAUUCAUGCCUAAGGACUUCUGCUACAUUUUCCGGCCGAUAUCCGCGUCGGCAAAGCUGCGCAUGAACCCGAAGGGCGACGUGGAGCUCACGAUGCCCAAGAUCAACCUGGACGUGACGCUGCAGGACAUCGACACCGAGCUGUGCCGCCCGCAGUACCUGAGCAUCAUGGAGGUACUGGAGUCCUACGACCUCAUGACCCGCAACCUGCCCUACCGCAAGUACCGCCCCCAAGUUCCCGCCAAGGGACAUCCACGUGCAUGGUGGGGCUACGUGACCAAGGGCGUGCUGGAGGAGACGGUGCGGCGAAACGCCUCGGCGUGGUCCUGGAAGCACAUCCGCCUGCACCGCACCAAGUUGCGCACCUACUGCCAGCUCUACCGACAGAAGCUCACCCAGCGCACCGCACCCGCCUACCUCCUCGAGGAGCUGCAGGAACUGGAGAAAGAUCUGGACGUCUUCAACAUUACUCUGGCUCGGCAGCAAGCAGAGGCCGAGGCCAAGAAGUCGGGUCAGAAGAUUUUCGGCUCAUCGCUGGUGACCCAGGGCCAGGAGGAGAAGAAGGAGGGCUGGUUCAGCGGCUGGGGGUGGGGCGGCUGGGGCGGGGGUGGCGCUAAAGAGGAAGCCAAGCCCGACGUCAAGGAUCCCAAGUCCGUCACGCAAAGCCUGAGCCAGCUGAUGACCCCGGAGGAGAAAGCCAAGCUCUUCUCUGCCAUCGACUACAGCGAGACGACAGCUGAUCGCAACAUCCCCGAGGACUACGUGUCGCAGAAGCUCUUCUUCAAGCUGACGAGCCUCUCCUGCACGGUACGCGAGCGCGACGCCGACCUCCUCAAGGUCAAGGUCACGGACGUGUACGCCGCCAUAUCCCAGCGGCCCUCGGCGCAGGCCUUCCGCCUUGACGCUCGCCUGGAGCAGUGCUGGGUGACGGGCCUGGCGCAGGCUGGCAGGCCUCCGCGGCUGCUCACCUCCCAGGGGGUGGCGCUCGUACCACGGCCGUCCGGCUUCACCGCCACGGCUGCAACCGCCGUCACCGCCACCAGCGGCGCCGGCGGCCGUGGCUCGCUGCUGGAGCUGAUGUUCGAAACGAACCCGGCCGACAAGAAGUGCGACCAGAGGCUGCGCGUGGAGUCGCAGCCGCUGGAAAUCGUCUACGACGCCGCCACCAUCAACAGCCUGGCCGACUUCUUCAGGCCUCCGCGUGACGUCCACCUGGAACAGCUGGCGUCCGCCACCAUGAACAAGUUGGAGGAGUUCAAGGAGAAGACGUCCACAGGGCUGGCGUACAUCAUCGAGACGCGCAAGGUGCUGGAGCUGAGCGUGGACCUGCAGGCGUCGUACGUGGUGGUGCCCUACACCGGCUCGCUCGCCAACGCCGGCAGCCUCCUCAUCCUCGACCUCGGCCACUUCAAGGUGUGCAGCGUCCACACGGAGCACAGCAAGCCCAUCACCGUGGGCAAAACGAGCAUCAAGGAGAUCAUGGAGCGCGCCUACGAGAACUUCAACGUGGACCUCACCGACGUGCAGAUCCUAUACGCCCGGGCCGAUGACGACUGGAAGUCCGCCCGUGCUCAGAAGCACACGGCCAUGCACAUCCUGCAGCCCAUGUCGCUCAUGCUGCAGCUGGCGAGCGCCCUCGUCACGACGGACGCCCGCAUGCCCAAGUUCAAGGUGUCCGGCGAGCUGCCGUCGCUGCUCGUGAGCAUCUCGGACCGCAAGCUGCGUGGGGUCGUGGAGCUCAUUGACAGCAUCCCGUUCCCCCAGCAGCCCAAGACCGCCACGCCUGCCCGCAUCGCCAGCAAGAAGGCGCUGCCGGCUGCUGUGAGUCCACAGUUCAAGCCGGACCUGCUGAACUUUCCUGCCACCAGCAUGAGCAGCCGCGUCCCCUCCAGCGAUCGCAUCACUGACUCGGACUCGGAGUACGCCUCGGCGGAGGAGGAGUUCUUCGACGCGGAGAGCUCGGUGGAGGCGAUCCGCGCGGGCGUCGCCGGCGCCGGCUUGGGCCGCGGGCCUCCCUACUACUCGCGACCCUUGUCCGGUGCCUUCCCAGCGGCCUUGCCCGCCGUCAAGCCCGUGCUCAAGGAGCCCCCGCAGAACAUGACCGACCUGCAGCUGCAGUUUGAGAUCAAGCAGAUCUUCCUGGAGGUGUGCCGCCAGGUGCCGGGUGGGCAGGAGGGGACGACGGUGGAGGAGCGCCCGAUCAUGCAGCUGGAGGCGGCGCACCUGGGCACCGAGCUGACGAUGCGACGCUUCAACCUCCACGCCGCCUCCUACCUCAAGGAGAUACGCCUGUCCUGCCUCGAGUUCACGCAGCCCGACGGUAAACCCAUCAACAUCUUAAGCACGUACGACAACGAGCAAGAGGACCUGCUGAUCAUGAAAUACACCAAGGCGUACAAGAAAGGCCCCGAGUUCGACACCACUUUCAAGCGCACCAUUCAGAAAGUGCAGGUGUCCUUCUCCUCGCUGGACGUCCUGCUGCACACGGAGGCGCUGCUCUUCUGCAUGAACUUCCUCAUGGGCCUCGCUCCUCCGGCCAAGGAGUCCGACGGCGGGGCGGCGGCCGCUGGGGUGCCGCCGCCGGAGGACGUGGAGGGGGACGAGGAGCCGGGGGCCGUCGUGCCCACGAUGACGGCCGACUCGGACUCGUCCCACGAACUCGCCCUGUCCGGACAGAAACCCGCGAGGAAGGUCAAGGAUGAUGAGCUCAUCUACUUCCACCUGGAGGCCAAGCUGGACGCGUUCAAUGUGUGCAUGCGCAGCCAGCAGCAUAGGAUCACCGACGUCAUCAUCGAAGGCCUGGACGUGAACCUGUCGCAGAAGAAGACGCAGACGGACGUGUCCGUGGGCCUUAAGAACAUCACCGUGCUCGACGCCGACCCGGACACCAUCCACAAAAAGGUGGUGUCCAUCAUCGGUAAGGAGGUGUUCCGUUUCGGCAUGACGUCAUACGUGGACGCGACCAAGGGGGGCGCCUACACGGACAUGGCGGCGGUGGACGCGCGGAUCCUGCUCGUCGUCGGCUGCAUCCAGAUCGUCUACCUCAACAAGUUCAUCUCCGCACUGCUGGACUUUGUGAACAACUUCCAGCAAGCGAAGGAGGCGGUGACGGAGGCGACGGUGCAGGCGGCCGAGAAGGCGGCCUCCAACCUGAAGGACCUGGCGCAGCGCAGCUACCGGCUGGCGCUCUCCGUCACCGUCAAGGCGCCGCUCGUGGUCGUGCCUCAGAACUCGAAGUCACGCGACGCCAUUGUGGCCGACCUGGGCCACGUGGCGGUGUCCAACGCCUUCUCGCUGGCGCCCGUGGGGCGGCCGCUGCCGCUGCCGCCCAUCGUGGACACCAUGACCGUCCGCCUCAGCCAGAUCAAGCUCAGCCGCGCCGUGGUGACAGACUCUCGCGUGGACGGAGAGGUGAUGAUGUUGGAGCCGGUGAACAUGGACCUGGAGCUGCGGAGGAACCUGGCGGCGAUGUGGUACACGGAGAUCCCCGACGUGGACAUCUCGGCAAAAAUACGGCCCAUGAUGGUGGUGCUGAGCCAGGACGACUUGAUGCUGGUGAUGACGACGCUCAACGAGAACCUGUCGGAGGGGGGGGCGGCGGCGCCGGCGGACAAGGAGCAGCCGCCGAUGGACGCGCAGAAAGACGUUGACGGGCGCAAGGCGGUCGCAAGCGACGCGGCCAGCCAGGGCGAGAAGGUGGUGACCUCGGCGGUGGUGGAAACGGGCAAGCCUCCGGUGACACGCACGACGCUCAAGUUCGAGUUCAACCUGGAGGCGGUGUCGCUGGUGCUGCUCGUGGGCACGCCCCAGCAGAUCUGCAAGCGCGACCCGCUGUGCCGGCUGGGCGAGUUCCGGCUGCAGACGAUCCGCACCGGUGGGCGGAUGAUGUCAGACGGCACCAUGACCGUGACGCUACGCCUGCACAACUGCACCCUGGACGACCUCCGACCCGGGGACAAGCUGACCGCCCGCAUGGUGGGCAUGCGUCCGGGCGAGCACCGCAAGGCCAUGCUGGAGCUCGGCUACCGUCAGGGGCGUGAGGGCAUGCGCGCCGACGUGACCCUGCAGGACCUCGCCGUGUGCGCCAGCAUCGAGUUCCUGCAGACGGUGGCCGACUUCUUCGUCAAGGGCAUGCCGGCGGCGGCCGACGCCAAGGCGCCGCCCGCCGCCGCCGAGUUGACGCCCAAGGGUUCGGCCAUCAGGGCGGCCGUGCGGUCCGCCGGCCAGGAAGGCAGCAGCAGCAUGGGCCAGCAGCAGUUGGCGACACCACCACCACCACCACCUCCGAGCCGCAUGGUCGUGAGCGUGCGCGUGCGCGACCCGGAGGUCGCGUUCGUGGCCGACCUCCGUCGCGCGGGCAGCCCCGCGCUGCUCGCCUCCAUGCAGCUGGAGUUCGACAUGACCCGCGAGGAAGACGGCGCGCAGGAGAUGAUGGCGGCCGUGCGCGACCUCAAGCUGCUGGCCUGCCCCUUCGUGCCGGACCAGCGCACCGGCCACACCACCACCGUGCUGCAGCCGUGCUGCCUGCUGUUCGAGAGCAAGCAGCAGGGGGGCAGCACCAGCAUGAACGUGGAGCUCAACAGCCUGACGCUCAAGGUGUCGCCCGUCAUCAUCAACGCCGUCAUGUCCAUCCUCACCGCGCUGUCCACGCCGGCGCCCGAGCCCGGCGCGGGUCGCGACGCCGACGUGGAGCAGCGGGACCCGUGGGCCGUGCGCUCCCUGGACGACGUCAAGCUGUGGUUCCUCGCCUCGUCGUCCUCGUCAAACCUGUCCCAGCUGGCGGUGACGGCGGCGCCCGUGGCGGCCGCGGCGGCGAGGGACGCCGAGCAGGCGGCGGUGGCCGGUGCGGAGCACCUGGAGGUGAAGGUGGAGUCGGUGACGUUGACGCUGGAGGCCGGCGUCGGUCACCGCACGAUCCCGCUGCUGCUCAUGGAGGCCGAGUUUGGGGGCGACGUGGAGAACUGGAGCUCGCUCAUGCGCGUCCACUGCCAGAUGGCGCUGGAGGUGCUGUACUACAACGAGGGUCUGGCGGUGUGGGAGCCUCUGCUGGAGCCGGUGUUCCUGGAGGAGAACGCCCGGUGGCAGGGCACCGACGUGAAGAACGACAAGAAGAAGCGCAAGAAGAUGAAGGGCACGAUCCUGCAGGUGGCCGAGGAGGUGGAGCAGAAGCGCUGGGAGCUGAGCGUCAAGAUAAACAAGAACGCGGUGGAGCCGGAUCAGACGCACGAUGAGAUCGACGCGCUGCUGGAGAUGCCGCCCGAGACGGUGAUCUGCGUCUCCUCCGAGGACCUCAUGAACGUCACGCUGUCCAAGAGCAGCAUCGCCAUGCUCAACAACCUGGCGCGGGCCUUCACGGAGGCGGCGAGCCAGUCGCAGGAGGUGCUGUCGGAGCAGGAGGACCGCGCGCCCAUCAUGGUGCUCAACUGCCUGGGCCAGCCGGCGUACGUGGCGCACGGCGCCGGCGUGUGCUCGCUGCACGCGGCCGAGGGCGGCGCGGUGACGCACGCGGCCACGCACAGCCAGCUGCUGCAGGACGGCGAGCGCCUCAAGCUGGAGUACGUCGUCGGGGAGAGCGCCAAGGAUCGCUCUUUCAUGGAACGCCAGGCGGUCAAGUUCGCUGUCGCGCUGGUGGGAUUCUCCAAGCUGGAGGUGCCGCUGUCGAAAGCCGGCCGCUAUGUGUACAGCGUGGCCAACGAGAGCGACCACAAGGUCAUGAACCUCGUGUGUCAGGUGGACGCCGCCAACGGCAUCAAGACGCUCACCCUGCGCUCGCCGCUGCAGAUCAAGAACCACUGCUCGGUGUCGUUCCGCGUGCUGAUCCGGACGAGCGACAGCGCGGAGACGGUGGUGGGGACGGCGGAGGCGCGCGGAGAGUUCAACGUGCCGUUUCCGGCGUACAGGCAGGACCUGUACGUGCAGCCGGCGGGGCCCGGCCUGGAGGGCUUCGGCGACGCCGAGAUGUCCUGGGUGGGCCUGAUCGGCAACGCCGCGGUGUCGCGAGCCGUGCUGCGGUGCCCCGCGGCGCAGGAGGGCGGGCGCCCUCUCACCAUCGUGGCGACCACCGUGGACGAUUGCGUGACCUACUGCUGCUCGGAGGAGGAGCGCACGGGCCCCGCGUGCCUCAUCCACCUGCGCCCGCCGCUCACGCUGCGCAACCUCAUGCCCUUCCCGCUCUCCUACCGCCUUAAGGGGUCGGACGUGCACGGGCGGCUGGAGACGGGCCACUCGGCCGACGUGUGCCAGGCGAGCGAGUCGAGCGCCGAGCUGGAGCUGUCGCUGCACGGCUACCUGGGCCGCGACUGGACGUGCGUGUGCGGCGCACGUGACGGCCAGGACGAGCUGUCCCACCUCUCCUUCUCGGUCGACGCGGCCGGGCCCGGCUCCUCGUCCGGCGCGGCGGCGGCGGCGCCGGCUCAGGACGAGACGCUGCUGCCCCCGCAGCGGCAGUUCGACGCGAAACUGCAGCUGACGGAGAGCGAGGGCCGGCGCACUGCGGCCGUGUUCAGCCCCUACUGGAUGCUGAACCGCACGGGCCGCAUGCUGCAGUACCGCGCCGACGACGCCUAUCACAAGCAACCGCCUGGCAACGAGGGACCCUACCUCUUCGCUUUCAAGCCCAAGGUCAUGUUCAACAAAAACAAGGUGCAGCUGCGCGUGAGCGACAGUGACCCUUCCUCCGACUUCUCGCUCGACACGGUGGGGAGCAGCGGCUGCAUCAAGUGCAGCUCCAAGAAGAAGAUGGAGUACGCGGUGGGUGUCACGAUUUCGCUGACGAGCUUCACGCUCACCAAGGUGGUCUCCUUCCAGCCCUACUUCUCGCUCGCCAACAAGUCCCGUCUCGACGUGGAGGUGUCCGAGACCGGCUCCGACGCCUGGCUCCUCGUGCCGUCCAACAAGUGUGUGCCGUUCUGGCCGGAGGACACGUCCCAGCGGCUUCAGGUGCGCAUUCACGGCUCGGGCGAGUGCUCCAAGGCCUUCAGCUUCACGCAGCAGGAUAACGGCACUCUGCUGCAGCUCGAGGGCAAGAUUGCCAAGGGCAACGUCCAGUACGUGGGCUUGGUGAUGGACGUGAGCCUGGGCGAGCACUCCACCGUCAUCUCCUUCGCCGACUACUUUGAGGGCUCCGCGCCGGUGCACCUUGUCAACCACUCGCACGAGGUCGUCGCCUACACGCAGAGCGACUCAAAUGACAAGCGCACGCUGCAGCCCGGGCAGAGCGUGCUCUACACGUGGAGCGACCCCUGCCGCAAGCGCCACCUGCGCUGGACCUGCUGCGACCAGAGCUACGAGCUCGACCUGCUGAAGGACGACGGCGGGAAGGUGGAGAUUGGUGGGGAGCUGCGCGUGUCGUGGGCCUGUUUCCUGGACGGCCUGCAGCGCUGCCUGCUCUUCACGGCGGACGUGGCGGUGGUGGCGCGGGCGCAGGACGCCCCGCUGGUGGAGCGCGCGCGCUCCCGCGUCGCGCUCUCGCUGCAGGCGCUCGGGCUGUCGCUCGUCAACGACGACGCCAAGCAGGAGAUCUCCUUCAUCGGCAUCACCAGCUCGGGCGUUGUGUGGGAGGAGAAGCCCAAGCGGCGCUGGAAGAUGAUGAGCGGGAAGCUGAGCGCCCUGCUGGAGGAGCGCUAUGUCAAGCUCGCGUCGUCCAACGGCAGCGCGGAGGCGCACGGACGCGUGCGCAUCGACUCGGACAUCGAGGUGGACUUCACCAGCUCUCCCAUGAUGCUGCUGGCUCCAAAUCCGAGGGCGAUUCGCCGCCAUUUCUUGCCAGGCGUGCGCGUGGAGUACACGACCUGGCCGCACCAGACGAGCUUGCGGGCGCGCAUCAACCGCAUACAGAUCGACUCGCAGAUGCCGGGCUCCGUGUUCCCCGUCGUCUUCCACCCCGUGCCACCCCCCAAGUCCAUCGCCGCUGACUCCGAGCCCAAGCCGCUCGUGGACGUGAGCAUCGUGACGAGAGUCGGGGAGCACAGCAAGAUCACCCAGAUCAAGUACUUCAAGGUCCUCAUUCAAGAGAUGGCCCUCAAGGCAGACAUGGGCUUCCUGGGAGCGCUGCUGGAGCUCGUGACCGCCGACAGCACGCUGGCCUCCGAGGGCAUGCUGGUGAAGCUGUUUGAGGACGACCUGAAGGCGCUGGAGGAGUGUGCGCUGGAGGCGACGGCUGCCGACACGUCGGCCGUGAGCUUCUACGAGGACCUGCACAUCUCCCCACUCAAGAUCCACCUGAGUUUCUCGCUGAGCGCCGGCGGGGCACAGGACGGCAGCGUCUUCCCGGGGGGUCAGGCCGAGCAGGGCCCCCUGAGGACCCUCAACUCGUUCCUGCAGGGCAUCGGAGCGACGCUGACCGACCUGCAGGACGUCGUGUUCAGGCUGGCUUUCUUCGAGGUGAACCACAAGUUCUACACCGGCAGUCAGCUCACCGCCGAGGCAACGCGGCACUACACCAAGCAGGCGUUGCAGCAGAUGUACAAGGUGGUGCUGGGCCUGGACGUGCUGGGCAACCCAUUCGGACUGAUCCACGGUCUCUCCGAGGGGGUCGAGGCGUUCUUCUACGAGCCGUACCAAGGAGCUGUCCAGGGGCCUGAGGAGUUUGUGGAGGGCAUGGCGUUGGGGAUGAAGUCCCUCUUCGGACACACCGUGGGUGGCGCGGCCGGCAUGGUGUCCCGCAUCACGGGCACCAUGGGCAAGGGCCUGGCAACGAUCACCAUGGACGAGGAGUACCAGCGCAAGCGGCGUGAAGAGAUGAACCAGCAGCCCACGGACCUGAAGGAGGGGCUGGCGCGGGGUGGCAAGGGCCUCCUCAAGGGCGUGAUUGGAGGUGUCACGGGCAUUAUCACCAAACCCAUUGAGGGUGCGAGGAGCGGCGGGGCGACCGGCUUCCUCAAGGGCGUUGGCAAGGGGCUGGUGGGGGUGGUGGCGCGGCCCGCGGGAGGCGUCAUCGACAUGGCCAGCAGCACCAUGGAGGGGAUUAAAAGGCAGGCGGAGGCGUCGGAGACGGUGGAGAAAAUGCGCCCGCCGCGCGUCAUCCAGGAGGACGGCAUCAUCCGCCCGUACAGCCGUCGCGAGGGCGAGGGCAGCCAGCUCGUGCAGAAAAUCGAGAAUGGGAAAUUUGCACUGGACCAGUACCGGGCACACGAGUUCGUGACGAAGGACGGGCGCAACGUGUUUCUGGUGACGAACAGGCGGGUGAUGUUCGUCACCAAGGACGACAUGUUCGGCCAGGUGACGUGCGACUGGCAGUACAUGUUCAACGAGUUCACCGAUCCGCCGCUGCGCGAGGGCCGGCGCCUCUGCAUCCUCGCUAACGAGAAGCUCAAGUCUGUCUUCCACGUGAAGAAUAUUGGGAAAAUCCUGAACUUCCCCACGGACUCCAUGGCUGAGGAAAUGCUGAAAAAGCUAGAAGAGGCGCACCGAAAAUGGAAGGAGCAGCGCUUCCUGACUUCCUCCGAGGACAAUCCAGACGGCAGCGACUAGGCCAGUCUGUGCGCGAGCUUACUCUGCGUGGUAUGCAGCCAUCGAGGAAGGUGUCCUGUGCCAGAGGAGGAGGAAGAUGCUCGGCGCAUCUCUUACCAUCUUGAGCCGCGUCUCCUCCGUCCUGCGUUCGUCUCGCGUGACGGGGGGCCCCCCCCCCCCCCCCCCCCCCCAUCGUCAGCCUCUUCCGCUGUUGCCCUCUUGGCCACCGCCACGCAAACUAACGCUGGGGCGCAGGCUGGACUACGAGGGUGUGGUUGGUUUGCUCUUUUAAAACGCGCAGCGAGCAGCACCGCUCGGUGUGGCCCUCGGUAACUCAAGAGCCGUCCCCUUGCGUAGCAGAAGAUGGAGACUCAACAAGAUGGCGCCGCCCCUCACACACACACCCACGCGCACGCACACGCACGCACGCACGCCCAAGUGCUUCCUCCCCACCCUGCCGCCCUCCUCUCUUGACAUUCAACGCCCCGUGGGCCCGGCGUUGCCCCCCUCGCGUUACCCAACCUUGUGCCGCUGAUCUCGGCACGUAAGAUUUUGAGUCGACGUUUAUUUUUCCAGCGGCUAGCCGUGGAUGCGAGUCGAACCCUGUGUUGCUUCUUGGAAUGCAUGACUUGUACGUUCUGUACUGCCACCGAGCACACCGCAGAAAGCAGAAGCUGCAUCCUUUAUGUAGCAGCGGAUAGAGAUUGGCUGAUGAUAACCAUUGGAUGUAUGUGAUUAUUGUUCAGAUUCUGCCCAUUACUUCAGGAAUGUGUGGUCUUGUUUAGCACCCCCGGCUCAACAGAGCCAUUUGUAGGCUACUGCCCUCAUGAGAUUUGCUAGACUUCAGUUUCCUGACUCCAGUCCAGUCUGCUCAUGCUCACCAACCACCACUCACCCCUUUGAUGCAUAAGUUGAAUUAUAGGCCCGAGUGGCUGGAAUUUAAAGCUGGAGUGGAUUAGGGCUCCACGGACCGGUUCACCUGCAUAGGUGUCCUCUGUUAGAGGCAAGGGAGGGCAGCAGGAGCAAAGGAGAGUCGCAGCCCCGUUGCAUCUAUUGGGCCCUCCCGCCCCCCUGUGUGUGUCCCAUCAUUUCACAUAGACGUAUGCAAUGCACAUUGUGGUAUUAAAAUUUACUGUAAUGCGCACGGUCCUACCCAGUUGUUCAGAGCUGCGUGGGUGGUGAUUGAUGGAUCCGAUGGCAGCGGGUUGAGCAUUUUUUGCCACCGGCUGUUUUUUUUUUAAUUUGUACCUGCAGCUCUGUUGGGGGAGACUUAUGGUUUGAGCGAGUUCUAUUGGUUAGGCGUUUUGUACCAGGGGUGGCACCACACUGAGUGCUGCCGUCCAAUGGAAAGUGGAAUGUUCUGCUAUGCCAGCAAGACCGCUGUGUGCAUAAUAAUAACAUGUGCUUUGACAAAGGAUCACUCCAAAGAGUCAGAGGGUACACACUUUCUUGCAGAGCAUUUUUACACCAUUAAGCUGAGUGAGAAUCGACACCAUUAAAAAUCUGCGUGCGAAUUUUAGUGUUUUAUUGAGGCUAACUUGUGGGGGGGGGCUCAUGUUGUUCGUUAAAAUGGCUCAGAUUUAAUCUAGCCUUGGAUUUCAUACAGCACUCGCUCGUCAUUGCAGUAUGUUUUUUGUAUUUAUCUCUGCACGGUUUACAUUUUUUUCUUGUAGCAGAAAGAAGAAACUUUUAGGCAACUCUUCUAGUAAAGAAACAACUUCACUUUUUAAAGCCGUAAAAAUUUUAAAAGAAGUGUACCGAUUGCACUCCUUGGCCAAUGCACGGUGCCGAGAUUUGUCUCACGCAGAGCCACAGUUACGGAGGCUCUGCCGCUGCGCCCGCAGAGCAUCCGCGGUAUCGAGCGUUCCAUUUUUCAGAUUGUUCGGGGUGGCAUAGCGCACUUAAUGUGUGCUCUUAUCCCGGCAGGUGGGGCCCUCGCCACUCGGGUAAUUUACGACUCGCGAGCACGCGAGCUGGGUCUCGCCCAACUCCCUGCUGAAUUUGCCCAAUUCCUAACCUGCCCAAGCGCGGCCUCGAUGCCACCGUUUACCCUUAACUGUCAUAAAAUUAGACGCCUGGCGCUACUAUGGGAGUGUCGUUAUGCCGCCACCUGGUUUCCAAAUGGAUGGCUGUGAUUUUGUUGGUAAAUUUGACGAGUGUGUCGGCGGGAAUCCGAGUCGACUCUGAUUCGGCCGCGAGUUCGUUCACGAGGACGCCUGACACUCCAAUCCCUGGCGCUGCGCUGAUGUUGCCAGCAACCAGUCUCGCCUUAGUUUGGAUGGUAUAGUUGUCGGCCCAUUUCUGCUCAGUCAUAACUCCGCAUAACCUAAGAAAAUGAGCUCCUUUCAAAUCCUGGUAUAAUCGACUACAACUAAGCUUUACUCCAUUUCACAAUUUGUAGAUGCAGCUCGUACAAUCGAACAGGGGGCGGCCAGAGCGUCGAUUGAGAUCUGCACGCAGCUCCCAGGCAGCUGCAGCGCGGCUCGAUAGAGACGCAACUAAUUUGUAACUUUUCACUUCAGAAAAUUCUGCGGAUGCCGGAGUGGCACAGGCCACUCGUCCCUGUGGCAGCGGAGCCAGACGCGAUUACUUCAGAGGCGCUCCCGCAGAUUUAUAAAUUUUAAAAUCUACAGCCAACCAGCACGAGCGCACUGGCUGGUCACCACCCGACGUGGCCGCCCCACGUGGCCGUGCGUCUUGUGGCUCUGGGCCACGUGAAGAUUUUGGUUUGCGGCUCUUAUGGCUGGAAGUUUGGCCACCCUUGCCAUAGAAGAAUGGGAUCGUAUGAUAGCAACCACACACCCUUAUCAUUACAUUAUUCACGUCUAGGCCCAUGGACUGUGUCGUCACACCCCACCACUUAGCCGGGGUGACUUUUGAGGUUCGUGAAGGGCGAUGAAGGCUCCCUGCAGUGAGAGGGCCCUCUGGUUUACAUAACAGCUCGCAUGCCAAAUCGAAUGUGGCAUACAUACAUAUAUACUCCACAUACUCGUCUGAAAACUGAAAACCAGUCCUUUGGGACCACCACCGUGGUUGCACUUCUGAGUAUCAUUCGCUUGUCCAAAUGAAACAACCAAUCCGGCCAGCUGGCUCGGCGGAAGAGCGAACGGCUCAUAAUCAGAAGGUUGCUAGUUCAAAUCCUGGUUGAGGUUUGCUCGGCCCGUCGUCCCUCCAGGAUCAACAAAAAAAAUGUGCACCGCUUUGUAGGGAAGUCAACAGUGGUUGCCCUAAGGAUGGACUCGCAACCUGCCAUCGGAACGCGGAAUCUCAACAAAUUGGCUCGGGACUCCCGGGAGAUAAGCGUCGUCACAAUGCUCCUUUAGAAAUCACUGACUUGAUGGUUUUGAUUGCAAUAGAGACUCCAGAAGGCUUGAGCAACCUGUGGUCCUUGAGGACUGGGAUUGCAGAGGUCAAUAAUUUGGUUUACGUUUGCGCGUGCGAUUUGGGGCCUUUCUUUUGAAGGGAGGGGGGAGUUUUGUUUUCAAGCACGUAUAUUACAUUGCACUAGUUUACUUGGCCAUUCACACGCCGUAAUUUGUAUUAUUGUCGCGUUCGCUGUAAAGUCUUGCCGGUGUUAUGUUUCCUUUGCGUGGCGUUGAGAUGCGGCACAAUGUUAGGACUCGUAAGAGUUGGUCGCCGUGUUUGAGCUUCUUUAAAACUGCUCAGACGGGACGUGUGUCACCCCUUUUCGCUUUUGGUGGAACGGUGCAGUUGACGAAUAUCGAUUCUUAUGGCUCACGAUGUAUACAUUAAAUUGCAUGUGCAAGAAUCACAAAUACAUGUUGCGGAUAAUGUAUGAAAUAAUGGAACAAGUAAAAUUGCAGAAACAGGACAGAAAAACUAAGAAAUAGUACAAAGGAGACCGUAGGAGCAAAGACGAAUUGCAUAGAAUCUUGAAUAAAAUCAAGAAUAAUGAAAUUUCA